AUGGGCUACUGGAACGCUCCGGAGGGCACUGCGUGUGUGGAGAAGACAUGGAUCACCACCAAACUGGGCACGGCGAUAGGCCUGGUGGGGUCGGCGUAUCACAUCGUGGCCUUCCAACCUGAAACCACCAUGGCCGCUCUGCAGAGGGCCACCACCGCCACCGUCACCAUGGCGUCCCUGGGGGCCAUAUUUGGGAUGGCCACGUGUCUGAGCGCUCAGGCUCGCGGCGAAGCAGACGACCCUCUCAACUACUUCAUCGGGGGCUGUGCCUCAGGAGCCUUUCUGGGGGCCCGCAGUUUCAGAGUGCAGACAUAA